CCCCUCACACAAAUAAAUAAAUAAGCAGCGCCCUGCCGCCCCCUCCCGCUUUGCAAGGCGCCGGCCGCGGGGACGCAGCGGCGGGGCCAGGAUGCGGCAGGGGAUAGCAGGGGGGGCCGCAGCCGCUCUCGCCGCAGCGAAAGGCAACAUGGAGGGAGGCGCGGAGCGGGCCAGCCCCUGAUGCGCCGCUUUCUCCGCCUCCUCCGGGCAGCGGCGAGUCCCUUCCUCCCUCCCGGCGGCGGCGGCUGCAGCGGCGGCGGGUGGAAAUGAGCAGGUCGGCGGCGCUUCUCCUCUGCCUGCUGGGCUGCAACGUGUGGAAGGCGGUGACCAAAACCCUGGGGGCGCCCGGCGCCGCUCGAGAAGUGACGCUGAAGGUCCAUGUAAGCGAUGCCAGCACGCAUCAGCCAGUAACUGAAGCCUUCAUUGAGAUUUUUACCAACCAGAUUUCCAUUGCCUCUGGAACCUCGGGAGCAGGUGGCACUGCCUUCAUCAAGUUUCAGUAUAAGCUGGGCAGUCAGCUGAUUGUUACUGCUACUAAACAUGCUUACGUGCCAAAUUCUGCACCAUGGAAACCCACAAGAUUGCCUGUGUUUUCUUCUCUGAGCCUUGGACUUCUUCCUGAACGAUCGGCUACUCUGAUGGUCUAUGAUGACGUAGUCCAGAUAGUCUCGGGAUUUCAAGGUGCACGGAUUCAACCUCGAGUUCAUUUUCAAAGAAGAGCCCUAAAGUUGCCUGAGAACACCAGCUACAGUGAUCUGACAGCAUUUCUAACUGCAGCCAGUUCACCUUGGGAAGUGGACAGUUUUCCUUAUUUACAAGGAUUAGAUGGAAAUGGAACUGGAAAUAGCACCAGGUAUGACCUUACCCCUGUCACUGCAGUCAGUGUUCAUUUGCUCAACAGCGAUGGGACUGCAAUCCCAGUGAAUGGCCCCAUCUACGUAACAGUGCCUCUGCCAACAAACAGCAACCUGAAGCACAAUGGCCAUGUUCCAGCAUGGAGGUUUGACCAAAAAUUUGGGACAUGGUUGAAGAGUAGUUUAGGGUUUGUACAACAAGAAGGAAAUCAGCUGACCUGGACAUACAUUGCCCCGCAGUUAGGUUAUUGGGUUGCAGCCAUGUCUCCUACUAACCUAGGUCCCAUAGUAACACAGGACAUUACCACCUAUCACACAAUGUUCCUUUUGGCAAUUCUAGGAGGGAUGGCUCUCAUACUUAUGGUUUUGCUGUGUCUUCUUUUGUAUUAUUGCAGGAGGAAGUGUUUGAAACCACGUCAGCACCAUAAGAAACUGCAGCUUUCUACAGCAUUGGAUGGUUCUAAGAAGGAUCAAUCAACCUCCAUGUCCCACAUCAAUUUAAUAUUUUCCCGACGGGAGUCAGAAUUUCCUGGUGGGAUGUCUGUUGCCAGCAAUGGGCACACUGAAAACUCAGGCGUUAAUGAGUUAAUCAGUGCUGUCCACAUGGAGAUGAUAUCUUCUAGUGGAGAAGCAGAUUUGCACACUCCUAUGCUCAAACAUUCGUACAGUACCUCACAGGAGUUUAGCUCCCGGGAGGAACUACUUUCUCAUAAGGAGAAAGACAAGAGCCGAAUCUCCUUGGAGAAACUUACUCCUAGUGGGACUUUAAGAAAAGACUACCAUAAGUCAAUGGAUAGUUUUCCUUCAAAAUUAAGAAAUUCCAUGGAAACAUCAGAAGGAUAUGAGUCCCCUAUAAAAGAAGAUUACAGGAGCAGUUACAAUGCUAUGCUGUCUCAGCCUUUAUUUGAAAAGCAAGAGAGAGAGAUUCAAGCAUCCAUAAACCAUAUUUCUUCAGGAAGUAAAUACAAUAUUCAGGAACAAAUGUACCCCUCCCCAUCAGCCCCUGAAAAAGAGCUGCUAGAUUGCAGACCUACUGAAUGUAUGAUGUCUCGUUCUGUCGAUCAUCUUGAACGACCUACAUCUUUUCCUCAACCAGGUCAGUUGAUUUGCUGCAAUUCUGUUGACCAAGUUAAUGACAGUGUUUAUAGAAAAGUAUUGCCUACAUUGGUCAUCCCAGGUCAUUACAUGAAGUUACCAGGAGAACAUCCUUUUGUUAGCCAGCCGCUGGUUGUCCCAGCUGACCAGCAGAUUGAUCUUGAAAGACUUCAGGCUGAGCUUUCUAACCCUCAUGUGCAGCUUUUUCCACAUCCUCAGCAACAGAUACAACCCCAACAGUUACCAUCACAAGCAAUAUCUCAGCAACAUUUGCAAGAUGCGGGUGCAAGUGAAUGGAGUCCACAAAAUGCUUCUAUGUCGGAGUCCAUAUCCAUUCCUGCCUCACUUAAUGAUGCAUCUCUGGCUCAAAUGAAUAGUGAAGUGCAGCUCCUUACAGAAAAAGCUCUGAUGGAGCUAGGAGGUGGAAAGCCAUUGCCUCAUCCUCGGGCAUGGUUCGUUUCUCUAGAUGGACGUUCAAAUGCUCAUGUUAGACAUUCAUAUAUUGAUCUCCAAAGAGCUGGAAGGAAUGGAAGUAAUGAUGCCAGUUUGGAUUCUGGUGUUGAUAUGAAUGAACCAAAAUCUGCCCGAAGGGGAAGAGGAGAUCAUUUGUCCCUGCAACAGACUCACCAGCCACAGCAGGCGAACAAUCAAAGAGAGCAGAAAGUUUCAGAUAGCAUAGCUUACACACAGCUUGUGUAUUUGGAUGAUAUGGACCAAAGUGGCAGUGAAUGUGGAACAGCAGUUUGCAGCCCUGAGGACAGUACCCUAAGAAGCCUAUUGGAUGGAGCUAGCAGGAGAAGUGGUGUCCAGUUGCCCAGUCUGCAGGAGGAAACAUUAAAAAGAACUGUAGAAACAACACCUGACCCACUAACUAGUCCCGAACGUGGAACAUCCAUCCAUGAUGAAGACGACGAUGACGAUGACGAUGAAGAUGACCAAGAAGAAGAUAAAAAGAGCCCUUGGCAAAAACGAGAGGAAAGACCACUGAUGGCUUUCAAUAUAAAGUGAGCUAUUGCAAAUCCACCUUUCUGUGGAGUAUGAAAUUGCCAAAUAUUCUUUCUGUGGAAGUGCUUAAUUGUUUAUGGAAGAGAAAAGGAAAAUCUGUGGUGGGCAACAUUGAAAGAACUUUAAAUGCAUUACUGUGUAAAUGUUAGAGAAGAAUUUAAAUCAUUACUCUGAAAAGUGAUUUAAUGGAUGCCUCCGAUGAGACAGCUGUAAGAAGAGUGUGAUUGGUAUUCCAUUUACUUGAUGUUCAUCAUCAAGGAUGUUGAAAAUAUUGACAUUGUUUUGGCAGGUUUAAAUCUCCUUUACACAGGAGCAGGUGAAACUUGGUUACAUUUUCUUAAGCCAAUUUUAUCAUGAUAAUGCUACUGAAAGGGUAUCUUAAACACAAGAAUCUGACACUUGGUGUCUAAAGUUAUGCAUUAUCUCAAAGGAAGGCUAUGCAUUGCUGCUUUUUAAUAUUUUGCUUAUACUAUGCUUUUCUUAUUUUUACAAGUCGGUUGUAAACAUUUAUGUCUAUUAUAAUCUGUUCAGCAAUUUGUUUUAAUGUAAAACUGCAGGAAACUUGAGUAGCAUCCCUUGGUAUUGGAAUCUUUUUAUGAAACAAAAUUGAACUUUGUGUCAGCUGCAAGCCCUCCAGUUCUGGUCUCAUUAACUCCAAGUGCCUUUUUUACAGUAACAAUGAACAGUCCCUUCUUUUUCUAAUUGCUUUUAAUUGAUCUAUUUGGAUUUUAUAAAUUUCUGAAAUUAUUCCUUUUAUUUUAAACUGCAUGCCACCAAGUGUCCCAUUUGUGCUGAGCAUUUCUCAUUUCAAUACAGUGUAUUCUCUAGUUAUCAUGUGUACUGUGGAUUCUGUUUAGCUAAGGUAGACUAGAGGACGUUUUAAAGGCCCAGCCCUGAUGAAGCCAAGAAGAUAGUUUCAUUGACUGUAUAUGUGGUUACUUUCCUCUGGAAUCCUAUGAGUGAAUCUGGCUCAUAUAACAUGGACUAUGGACCGAGCAAGUGGACUGAAUGUGCUUUAAAUUUUUUGGGGAAAAUGAUGUACUAUCCAAAAGUGCCAGAAUUACUCUUCUGUGCUUUCUCUUUACAGAGCUGCUUGGUUAUCCAAAAAUUAUAAUUGAAAAUAAACUUCAAAAAAUUAACUUUGUGGGGGUUUUUCUCUAUCGGGAGUCUUCAUGUUGUUGAGCAGGCAAAACUAUUUUGGUUCACUUUUUGUAGUACAAAACUUCCUAUGGGAUUAAUUUUUUUUAAAAAAUCUCUAACUACUAAUUUACCACACAUUUAGGCCCCCAUUCAGGAAAGCAUCCCUAUCCAGAAAAACACUUAAGCAUGUGCUUAAGUCUCAUUGAGGGCAAGUGGGGUGAAAUCCUGGCCCCACAGUUGGGCCAGGAUUUCACCCCAGGACUUCAGUAUGUUCUUAAAGUUAAGUAUGUGCUUAAUUGCUUUUCUGAACUAGCUCCUAAGGGUAAGGGUAAAGGUAAAGAAAAGAAGAUACAAUAAACGGAAUGUAGUGGAAUAAAUCCACAAAUGUGGAGGAUGUGUAUGUAUUUAGUUCAAUCAUUUCCCAUAGCAUUAGCAGCAAAUCUUAGUAGUUAUGCAUUAUGUAAUCUCUUGAGGCCUUUAGAGAAACUUUAUAUUAAAUAUUUCACAUUGAAUGCUCUUGUUAUGCUUCAAGCCUGGAGAUGAGCUAUAAUAUACUGUACCAGAAAUCUAAACUACUGUUUGUACCAUGCAUUGAAUAUGUAAAGCACUAUGUAAGUGCUAAGAUAUUAUUAAUCACAUUCUAGGCCCAUCCUGUUCAUUUUGAUGUUUGUGGAAGUUCUGCCACUGACUUCAAGGGAAACAAGAUUGGGGCCUAUGAGAUAUAUUGUGUGGCCCGGUCACCACAGUUUUAGGAAUAAUUCUGUUUAAAUCAGUGGGCUAUAGGAUUUCUAAAGCCACUGGUAACAUUUGAUGAUUAAUUUGAUUACUGUGUAAAUAGAUUUUGAUUAAACCUACAUUAAGCUUA